ACGGAAGUACGUCCGCCAUUUAAUGUUUCCGGUGGAAACAAGGAACAACAUCAAGGUGCGGCUUCAAUGAAUUAAUGGCAAUAUUUCCUUCGCUCUGGUCGCCAUUUAGAUUUGGAAAAGGACUUGGAGAGCAAGAAUUCAUCGAAAAUUAACAAGAUGGGGCUUUUAUCUGAUCCCAACAGAAGACAGGCAGUGAUUCGCCUGCUCACACGCCUCAAUGCUCCAAUCUGUCUUGUGUGCUACUUGGCCGGUGUCGCUUGGUUCAUGGGUUUAGCAUUCGAGCCCUUCACCCUGCGCACCUACAUGUCAGAGAAUGCCAUGGGUUCCACCAUGGUGGAGGAGCACUUCCCAGCCGGAGAGAGGGCUCUGGUCACGGCAAGGGAGUUUGCGGCACAUAAGAAAAAACAAGAUGGGAUGCCUGUGAACUGGCUGGUGAAGACCAUGCAGGAUCGAGGCCUGGAAGUCUUCACACAGACAUUUUCUCGCACUCUCCCAUUCCCGGAUGAAAACAAAGAGCGAUUUAUGGUGAAAGGCACAAACGUGUACGGCAUCCUUCGGGCACCUCGAGCACCACGGACCGAAGCCCUGGUGCUGACAGCUCCCUGCAGCCCAGGCUACGCCAACAACCAGGCUGUAGGGCUGCUGCUCGUUUUGGCACAGUACUUCAGAAACCAGGUGUACUGGGCCAAGGACAUCAUCUUUCUGGUCAAUGAACACGAUUUGAUCGGCAUGCAGGCCUGGCUGGAAGGCUACCACCACACUAACACUACAGGAAUGGACUGGUCCCCACUUCAAGGCCGGGCCGGUUCCAUCCAGGCAGCCCUGUCUCUGGAGCUCAGCUCUGACGUGGUGACCAGUUUGGACAUUGUGCUGGAGGGACUCAACGGGCAGCUCCCCAAUCUGGACCUUACCAACCUCUUCUACGCUUUCUGUCAGAAAAUUGGGGUCCUUUGCACCAUUCAAGGAAAGCUGCAGAGGAACGACUGGGACAGUGCUUCAGGCUACAGCCACGCCGUGCAGACUUUGAUGCUGAUGGUGCUUAAGCAGGCCAGCGGGCGGCCCUGGGGCGACCACGGUCUCUUCCUGCGCUACCACAUCGAGGCCGCCACCAUCAAAGGCAUCAACAGCUUCCGUCAGUACAAGACAGACGCCACUACCGUCGGCAGGCUCUUGGAGGGAAUGUACCGCAAGCUCAACAACCUGCUGGAGCGACUGCACCAGUCAUACUUCUUCUACUUGCUGCCUUCGCUCUCUCAUUUUGUCUCCAUUGGUUACUACAUGCCAGCAUUUGGUCUGCUGGCUGUCAUCCUGCUGCUGCGUGCCUUGGAUCUGUGGGUGCAACUGUCCGCUGUGCCUCCAGCAUCAGAAGACGGCGUGGCUGAUGUGGAGCAGGCCAGUCCUGGUGUGCUGUCUGUGAUGACCCCUCUGGUGAUCAGCCACCUGACAGGAGUGGCACUCUAUGCACUGCCAAUCCGCUUCCAGGAGAUGGCAGUAGAGCACUUCCCCGUGUCAGAGACUGAAGCCGUGGUGCUGACGGCCAUCGCUGUUUACACUGCAGGCCUGGCUUUGCCUCAUAACACACACAGGUUGGUGUCGGGUGAGGGUACAGAGCAGGGUUGGAGAGUCCUCAAGCUGGUGGCUCUGUUGUACCUGGCUGUCCUGCUGGGCUGCACUGCACUCAUCAACUUCUCUCUCGGCUUCAUUCUGGCCCUCACGAUGGUGCCCGUGGCCGCCGUGGUCACGCCAAACGUCCCCAAACUGCUGACAGCCUUCAUCAUGGUGCUUUUAAGCCCCGCCUGCACGCUGCUUUUUUCAGUCUUCAUCUUCCAGGAGCUCCAAGAGAUGCCGCUUAGCUUCCAGGACGGCUGGAUGCUCUUCCUGUCAGUCAUCUCGCAGGGCAUCCUGGACCACUCACUCUACGGCUCGCUGGUCUUCCCACUGGUCUCCCUGAUGAUCUAUCCCUGCUGGCUACUCUUCUGGAACAUUCUUUUCUGGAAGUAGACUUGAGGACAACCUCUGAGGUGAUCUCAGGUUCUUCUCCCAACAUCAACAAUACACUGGAGGCAUGGAAAAUAAGGCCUGUAUUUAAUUAUUUUCAUUCAUUUUUAUUUGGGACGGGUAUAAAUAUUUAGUCUGUUACUGAGCCAGUCUUGAAGCAAUGGAGGAAAAAUAAUGCACUACUUGGCUGUAACCAGCAGAGGCGCUGUGUAGUCAGUCUCCACUAGUUAAAUAAAGUGGAAAAAACAUGUAGAAAACACUUAGUAUUUUCUGCUUUCUAACAUUUAUUUAAAUGUAAUUCUUUUUUAUUUACUUUUCUGCUGACUGGUUAUAGUAAUAUGAGGCUAUAAAUAAAUUACAUUGAUUUGGUCUUAAAAAAUAAACUUUUCUGCUUAAAAAAAUAUUACAUCAAUAAUUACAAAAUAAUUUAAAUCAAGCUUACUUUCUGCAAUUUAAGUCGUUAAAAUUUGGUUCAAAUAUAAUAACCGAAUAGAUUAGUGAAUAUGUAGUUUCUGCCUCAUGAUAAAUUAUAUUUUAAAAAGAAUUGAUUUGUUUUAAUAAAUAAAAAUGGAGUUCUUAUAAUUAUUUCAGAUUUAAUAUGGGGGUUACCCACAUAUGCGGUCCUCUCCAAGGUUUCUCAUAGUCAUUCACAUUGACGUCCCACUGGGGUGAGUUUUCCUUGCCCGUAUGUGGGCUCUGUACCGAGGAUGUCGUUGUGGCUUGUACAGCCCUUUGAGACACUUGUGAUUUAGGGCUAUAUAAAUAAACAUUGAUUGAUUGAUUGAAUGAAUAUCAAUACAUUUUCAAAUGUUCCUUUUUUUUUUGUUGUACUAACAAAACUUUGGUAAUAAAAAGAUUAGCUUGCAUGAAUACACCAAAGGUAAUGUUGGGAAGUUUUUUUGUAAAAUACUGCACUAUUUUUAUUUUGAGGGUAGGAAGUACAGUUUGACAGAACUGUAUGUUUUAUACUAGUUUUGAUAAGUUAUUCUACAUUUUGUCUAAUUUGUGAAUUGAAAUGUUUGCAAGUAUUUGUCAGUUAAAAAGCUGAACAUUGAGGUUGUUUAUGUUACAUUGUGUUUAUUCAGCUAAUGUCAUAUUUUUUUACAUGUACUGAAAACAUCAUUCCAUUGCUGUCACAACUCAGAGGGACUAAAAUCAAAUCAGCGACUAAAAUGUACAUCAAUUAUGUCUUAUUUAAAAAAAUUAACCCCAAUAAAAAAUACAUUUUAAAAAGCACUUGACCCUGUAAACGUCCUCUCUCUCUCUCUCUCGACCACCGCCAACUUCACAGUUUUGCCCACAACGGAAAUUUAAUAUCUGCACAUAUCUUAUUACGUAAUCAGCACUUCCCCUCCAAUAAAUAUUAGGCCCUCUUUCAUAUGAACACAUUGGCUGAAUUGAAAAUAAAUUGUCACGUCCAUGAAAAUGUCCAAACACGUGUGUGUGUGUGUGUGUGUGUGUGUGUGUGUGUGUGUGUGUGUGUGUGUGUGUGUGUGUGUGUGUGUGUGUGUGUGUGCAUCAUGCUACAGUGCUUCAAGUGUUUUGUACAGCCAAUCAGCUGCCAGGACUCUCAGUGCACUUGACAAUCAUUGUAAGAGUGGACAACAUGGAUGGUAGAAUUAGCACAGCAGUGUGUGUAUGUGACCAGAUGAUGGUGCUGAUGGGCGGUCAACUGCUGCUGUUGUUGUUGCUGCUGCUGCUGCUGCUGCUUAAGGCCGGCUCGCCUCGGUCUUUCAUCCUUACUUUCUCCUGUAAGAAAAAGUUAAAAGUGACAGAAACUUAGAUGAGAGAAGUUGCUGACUUUGUACCUGCUGGAUGGUGUCAGGUUUGGCUGUAGCGCAGAUUUCACAGCCGGGACGAGAAGGCUUGUUGAUGAAAGUGCAUGAGGGACACGCCCACUCCUUCUACAGGAACACACAAUGAUGGAG